GUCUCGGUCAGCGAACCAGCGAACGAUUGCAAUCGAAUACGCAUUUUUGCUUAAGUGUAGAAGCACCUCUUUUCUUUCUUUUCCGCUACGCGUUUAGCCGAUCCUGUGUCUCUCUCCACAGUCGCCUCAGGCGCUGCCCAGCGAUGGAGCCAAACGGAGAUGAGCCGAAGAAGAACGCGUCGGUGCGGCAGCUGCUGCGGCAGCAGCGUGAACUGCAGGAGAAGCGCAAGUUUGGCUUGGCGCCCCUGGCCGUCGACACGGAGACGCAUCAUGAGAUCAGCCCCAACAUUCCUGAGUUCAUUUCACGUGCGCCGUGGUACUACGGUGCCUCCGGCCCCACCUUGGCGCACCAGCAGAAGCAGGGCGGCAGCGGCGGUGAUACGCAGGCCUCCGACGAGGUGCUGCACGACGCGGUGAAUAGAGUUGUUGUGAAGGGGCAGGCGGCGCGCUUCACGGCCGGGGCGUGCAGGAACUGCGGGUCGCGCACGCACCGAACAAACGAGUGCUUCCAGGCCAAGAAGAAAGUGGGGAGCGUCUACACAAACAGGGUCACCGGCGUGGACAUGGAAACGCAGCAGGAGCCGAAGACGUACUCGCAGAAGCGGGAUCGCUUCGUCGGCGACGUCGGCGUCGACUUGAUGCGGGCGGUGCGCGACGACGGCGACAACGACGGCUCCACGGCAACCAGCGGGAGCGCCAGCCCGGCGGUGAAGCAGCACCGGCCGGAGGACGUCUUCGGCACCCGCACCCCCCAGCACGGCGGCGUGGAGGUGAAGGAGCUGCCCAAGUACCUGCACAACUUAGAACAGCACGACGGACUCUUUUUCGACCCCAAGACCGGCUCCAUGCGGGCAAACCCAAACGCGGCGGACAGCACCAAAACCUUCCAGGGCGACCUGGAGCGUUACCGGUCCGGUGACUACUACAACUACGUCGAGUCGCAGCACCGGUUCCUAACGGGGCAGUCGAAGUCGUUUGUGGACUUCGAGUUCGACGAAGCAAUGCGGCGAACGCGUGCGCAGGAGGAGGCAAGCGGCACGGAGACGACGGCGCAGGCCAGGCCGGAGACCGCGCAGGACGUGCUGCUGCGGUCCCUUUACGGUGCCGUCAAGACAGAGGCACCAACGGACGACACGGCCGACUCAGCCCACACUUCCGCCGCGAAGAAUGAAGGCGAGAAACCCGCCAGGACGUUGUACUCCUCUCCGUCUUCCGCACCAGCGCUCGCAGGAGAAUCAGCAAACACACCAGCUGUGUCGGAAGGACCUCGCUCGCUGAUGAAGGCGGCCGCCGUCACGUGGGUGCCGACGCACAACGGCCACGUUGCCGCCUACGGCAGCUACUUUGAUGCAGCGAGUUUUCAAUGGGGAUACGCCUGCUGCCAAGCUACGAAGAAGGACACUCCCGGGUGCGCCGCGAAGUAG